CAUCAAAUCUUGGACAAAAAUUUGUGCGAAAUCUGUGAAGUUGGUAAAGUUUCCAGGUCUCCUGCUCCCACUCUCCUUUUCACGCAGCCGCAGCAGCAAAAAGCCAAAAAAAAAAAAGAAAAGCUAGCUGCACACACUGACAAGCUCAUCACUCCACCAGCCAGCUUGAGCUCGCCCACUUCCGCUCACAAGAAGCACAACCGCGAGCUACCACAGCAUCGGAUCGAGGGCGAGCGGCGGCGGAGGCGGCGGAAUGGGAGGGCCACUCGGCGCCAUCAUAGGCAGGCACCCGGCGGCGGCGGGCGGCGGCGGGGGGGAUGAGCUGGGAGGUGUCGGCGGCGGCGGCGGCGGGGAUGGCAUCAUUCGGCACAACCGGAGGUGCCGGGAUUUGGCCUUCCUCGUGCUCUUCGCGGCCUUCUGGGUCGCCAUGAUCGUCAACUCCAGCUUCGGAUUCAACCAGGGCAACCCACUCAGGCUUACUUAUGAACUAGACUACAAAGGGAACAUUUGUGGCAGUAGGCAUGGUGACCCGGAUUUGCAUGAGCUUGAUGUUAGAUAUUGGAUGAACCCAAACCAGGUGUACCAAAGUGGGGUCAAGGACAACAAGAUUAACCUUGCUGAUGCCAAAGCCAUCUGCCUGAUGGAGUGCCCCAUGCCAGCAGCAGACGGAUUAAACUUUGUUUGUGAUUAUCCAGAAGGGGACAUUCGCCUGUCUGUCGAUGAUUGGAUCGACAGGGACUAUGACUAUUUUGAGUUUCUCACACCAGAUAUGAGAAAUAGUUCUCUUCAACUGCAGGGUCCAUGCUACCCUGUUAUAUUUCCAAGUGUGAAUGUCUACUGGAGCUGCCAAUUUAUUGCGCGAGCAUCAAAUGUCUCUUUGAAGCAUUGGCAACAGAUGGGUGGUAUCAACAUCGACGAAAAUAUUCUCAUAGAUAAAACAAUCCACAAGGCCAUCAAUUCUAAAUCUUCAGUCCUGAAGAGAUACGUUGCUGACAUUGGGAAGUCAUGGCCUGUGUUAAUUGUUUGCGGUGGACUGCUCCCUCUUUUCUUGUCAGUUAUCUGGUUGCUUCUGAUUCGUUAUUUUGUUGUUGCCACGCCAUGGAUAACUGUAGUGGUUUUCAAUGCUCUAGUAAUCUCUGUUACCAUGUUUUUUUAUAUUAAAGCUGGCUGGUUAGGCAAUGAUCCCUUAACAGUUGUAAUUGGCGAAAGUGAUCCAUAUGUCCACAUAACUGGGCGGGAAAUAAGCCACCUUCAUGCUGCUACAGUGGUGAUGACAGUAGUAAUGAUUAUUGCAUUUCUGACCUCCAUAGCUAUUAUCCGUCGUAUACUGAUAGCAACACCUGUCCUGAAGGUUGCUGCGAAGGUCAUUGGUGAAGUUCAGGCACUAAUUAUUUUCCCAGUUGUGCCAUACUUUAUCCUCGCUAUCUUUUAUAUGUUCUGGUUUUCUGCCACACUCCAUCUCUUCAGCUCUGGUCAAGUUCUCCGAAAUGACUGCAAUACAGAUUGUUGCUCAUAUGAUCUGAAGUUGGGCAAAGUAAACUGUGACAACUGCUGUGGGUACAGCAUCCAUUACACCCCUCAUAUUGGUAUUGCCAUUCUUUUCCACUUAUUUGGCUGUUACUGGGCAACCCAAUUCUUUAUUGCUUGCUCUUCAACCGUGAUUGCUGGAUCAGUUGCUUCAUACUAUUGGGCACGUGGUGAAAUAUCUCAUGACAUACCAUUUGUUACAGUUGUUUCUUCAAUGAAGCGGUUGUUGCGUUACAGCCUUGGUUCAGUUGCUAUAGGUUCACUUGUUGUAUCUGCUGUUGAGUGGGUGCGGUUUAUACUAGAAUGCCUCAGACGCAAGUUGAAGCUAGUUGAUUCCGCUCGCGAAAGCUGCUUUGGGAAAAUGACAUCAUCCUCUUCUCAAUGCUGCCUGGGCUGCAUAGACUGGACCCUCAAGUCUGUGAAUCGAAAUGCCUAUAUAAUGAUCGCCAUUACCGGGAAAGGGUUCUUCAAAGCUUCUGUUCUUGCAACUGGUUUGAUCAUGAAUAACAUACUGCGCAUUGGAAAAGUUAACGUCAUUGGAGAUGUCAUCCUCUUUCUGGGGAAGCUCUGUGUGAGCUUGUUCUGUGCGCUCUUUGCGUUCCUUAUGUUAGACACACACAAAUACAAGUCCGCACAUAACAAGAUAUCAUCUCCUCUUGUUCCUGUAGUGGUAUCAUGGGCCCUUGGUUUCAUAGUUGCCAAGCUUUUCUUCCAGGUCGUCGAGAUGUCGAUUGACACCAUAAUCCUCUCAUUCUGCCAAGAUGCAGAAGAGCACCAAGGGAACGCGCAGUACGCUCCCCCUCUCCUCAUGGAGACACUGGAUGAACAGAGUGAACUCCAAAGACUAACUCAAGGACCUUGAUCUUUUCUUUAUUUUUUUUUCUUCUUGCAAGUAGAAUUAAGUCGAAAUGAAGAAAUCAAGUAGAAGCCUGGUUAUUAUGUAAUCAUGUUCCAUGUUGCUGGGUAGUGGGUAAUUUCACCAUUUUAGUAGUGCACUCUGAUGCUGAAUGUCUGGUCUCUAGCGUGACCAAUACCCUUGGCUUGGUCUAACGUAUGUACUACUUUUACUUAGUUAAGUACAAUGUUAGUGAAGAAGGUUAUAUCUCACCUGAA